AUGACGAACCGUAACCCGAUGCGGCUUCCGCCGCUGCCCCAACUGCGUGUGCGCAACCCCAACAAGCCGGAGCCGAACCCUUGCCUGGGUGUCAUGACCUCGGUGCUGGCUUGCUGGGCCUCAGCCGGCUUCAAUGGCCGCGGCUGCCAGACCGUCGAGGCGGCGCUGCGCGCGUGCAUGGACGGCCCGCCGCCGCCGAGGAAGAUGGGCAACACUAUCAACUACCAUCUAGCCCGUUUCGCUCGCCGUGUGACCCAGCCCGGCACGAAGAACAAAUAA